AUGUCCCUGGUGCAAGUAUUUGGGGAUGGCACCAAUGAAAUAAGCAUUACACAGCAGAAUCGGAAAAGCAUUUUGAAAUCAGCCUGUCCCCAAAGAAAUCUAAGUGAUCCUUUAAAAAAAAUUGAUCUGUUUCAUGCAAAACGAUUAUUUGUGGAGAAGAACCAUAAAUUAAUCUACUGCGAAGUACCAAAAGUGGGGUGCUCAAACUGGAAGAGAAUCAUAUUUCUUUUGAAAACAAAUAUCAGCGUGAGAGCAAAUUACAUUGAUCAUGAGGCUAUUCAUAGCACCAAGUUUAUAAAGAGGCUAAGCGACUUUCCCCCAGAACAGCAACAAAUGAUGCUACAAAAAUAUACCAAAGUCAUGUUUACGAGAGAUCCAUUGCAGAGAAUAGUUUCAGCUUAUAGGGAUAAAUUCCUCCAUUCUGGUGGCUACUAUGGGGAUCACAUAGCAAAUAGAAUCAAAUCAAUGUUCAGAAAAAAGGAGGACCAAUCUAAAGAUAACAUAUCCUUUGAAGAGUUUGUUCGCUAUCUCAUUCAAAAAAAUCCAAAAAACAUGGAUAUACAUUGGAUGCCAAUGCAUCAGCUUUGUGAUCCAUGCAAUAUUAAUUAUGACAUUUUAGGGAAAUUCGCAACCUUGAAAACUGAUUCUGACUAUGUUUUAAAGGUAAUAGGGGCACCUGCUAGCAUUAGAUACCCAGAUAUAAAGCAGUAUAAUGAAUCCAGAACUGAUGAGAAGAUAAGCAAAUAUUAUCUUUCAAAGUUGCCUCUUCCAAUGUUAGAACGUCUGGCACAGAUAUACAAAUUGGAUUACAUUCUCUUUGACUACCUGUAAUACUAAUUCUGCAGAUCUUUACAAUGGUAAAUGAAAUGAACCUGGCAGU